AUGACAAAGAGAGAGCGACCCUUGCCGAGCCUGGCACAAGCCAUCCUUGAACGAAGCAGAAGAAGCAUCACCACCGCUUUGCUGGCAGGUUCCGAAACGAGCGCCGUGGGUGGCACGCUGUCAUCCAUUCUCUCGCGACUUCCUGACUCUCUUCAGAGCUACCUCGACGCCUCUCUCACACAUCUGCAAUCCGCCUACUCCUCACUCCCGCCCUCCACUCAAUCCUACCUCGAAUCUGCAGCCAAGGCCACGCACCUCGACAGCGUCCCUCCCACCGUCGCUGGUAGCGUCCUCCUGCUCCUUACAACCGCAGCAGCAGUUUCAAUGAGCGGCUGGGGCCGCUCGUUCUGGGGUGGACCAAGACCACGACUCUCGCCCUUUGGAAGUCGUGCAUACACACCAAACGUCACGGACGAAGACUUCUCGUAUAUCACCUCUGAAGACUUAGCCCAUCCAGGGCGAACAUAUGACCCUCACGCACGACCUCCUCCCCCUUCCCUCUCGGCGGAAGACGAUGUUCUGUUGAUCAAGAACAAGGGGAUUAUAUACCCGGUCAAGUUCCCGGCGUACAGUAUCGGGGAUGGGAAGCUGGAGGUUAGGGAUGUGAGGGAGCGUGCUGCGGAUGUCAUGGAUCUGCCGGACGGCAGUGCAAGGAGGAUCAAGUUGCUGUAUAAGGGCCAGCAGUUGAAAGAUGACUAUAAGCCGUGCAGGGACUACAGUCUCAAGAAUAACAGCGAGGUGCUGUGUAUAGUGGGCGAUGCACAAGAAGGCAGCGAGGACUCAGAGGAUGACAGCGAAAGCGUGGCUGAGGGCGUAACUAAGAAGAAACGGAAUCGCAAGAGCAAGAAGAAGGGGAAGAGGAAGGAUGGCAAUCUUUCUCCUGGCGAUGGGGCAAGUUCUGAUGCCAGAGGAGCCAGCUCUGCGAAUUCCAGAACGGUGUCCCCGGCUCCGCCGAACAGCGCGAUGGAGAAGAUCCAGGCUAUUUCUUCCCAUUUCCAUACCAAAAUCUUGCCCAUGUGCGUCCAGUUCACCGCUUCUCCGCCCGAGGAUCCCAAGAAGAGAGACUUUGAGCAUAAGAAGCUGAGCGAGACGAUCAUGAAUGAGGUCUUGCUCAAGCUGGAUGCUGUGGAGACAGAGGGGGAUAAUGAGGCGAGGGAGAAGAGGAGAGCGUUGGUUAGGGAGACGCAGGGCGUUUUGAAUGGCUUAGAUGAAAAGGUUUAAUUCUACGUUCUAGAGUGAUGGGCCAGCAUAUUACGAAUUUCCUUGCGCAUUUGCAUGGGCGCUUGCAGGAGGAAGGGAGAGAUGCUUGGGCAUGGCGUUUGCGAGAUAUGGCUUAGUUGCAUGGGGUCGUUGACCAUAGUGGGGACUUGAAAGACAGGUUUCUCAUAUAGAAUGGCAUGCCUUUCUGAUGAUCUUGGGCGUUGUGAUUCCAGUUGAAGAUGGAGCGUGCCGUGGUUUACUUCAUAUUGUGGCUGAAUUAACCAUCAACAGCUGGAACAAUCAACUUGAAUGGCUUUUCGGUGACACUGACACAUUGAAGCCUG